CCGUUGUGUAAGAGUCCAGGACAGGAUGUUUGAAAGCACAGGAUAUGACUUUCAGUUAUGAAAGUAUUUCCCAGAUGUCAUUACAAAAUAGACAAAAUAGGUUGCUUUUCCUCAUCUGCCACAUUUCCAAGCUUUGCUGAGAAUAUGAGACACAUUGAUCAAGCAGUUCCCAUAGCCAGCAUACAGAGCACUGCAGUAAUGGCAUCAUCACCUUCUCCCCUGCGGGACUGUGGACUGGAUCUCAACACGGUCAAACUAGUGGCUUCAUGUCUCUACUUCGUCGUGUUCAUCCCUGCGCUUCUGCUGAACGUCAUGGCAGCCUGGAUCUCCUGGCACCUUAAGACCAAAUCCUCAUUCGUCGUGUACCUCAAGAACCUCAUUGCGGCCGACCUUCUGAUGAGCUUGAUCAUCCCGCUGAAGGCUGCCAGCGAGAUUCCCGGGGCCCCGCAAGCGUUGCGUAAGUUUGCGUGCCAGUUCAGCAGCGUGGUCUUCUACCUCUCUAUGUACAUGAGUAUGAUACUGAUGGGACUCAUCAGCCUCGACCGCUUCUUCAAGAUUGUUCAGCCCGCUGGGAAACGGGUCGGCCACAGUGUCCUGUUUGGCAGGGUGGUUGUCAUCACUAUCUGGGUUCUCUAUCUCAGCAUAAAUACCAUACCCACCAUGGUACUCACCAGUGAGAAGCCUGCGAACGGCACUGCUGAGCUGUGCAUGGCCAUGAAGAAUGACCUGGGGAAACGGUACCAUAAAGCGGUAGUUAUUGAGGGCAAUGUGAUUUUCUUUACUGUGUUGGUUGUCAUUGGAUUCUGCUACACGUGCAUAGCGAAGAAGGUCAUUGAGUCGUACCGAAACUCAGGGAGCACGAAUGUUGAGGGGAAACGAAAGAUCAAAGCCCGGGUGUUUAUCGUUCUGGUGGUGUUCCUGGUGUGCUUCGCCCCCUACCACAUCACACGCAUCCCUUACGUCCGGCGGCAGGUGGUGAACAAGAUUAACUGCCGCUGGGCCUCACUGAAGGUUGCUAAAAGCCUCACCUUGUGGCUCGCCACCACCAAUGUCUGCCUAGACCCACUUAUCUACAUUUUGCUAUGCAAAGCCUUUCGGGAGAAGUUGUAUGAGCUCAGACUAUUUGGGUAUGGGUUAUCCAAAACAGCCCAGGAAAACACAGAGGACUCUUCUGUUUCAUAGGGUGGAGUUCACAGCUCACUGCGGCCACAGUUUCUCCUUUGUAAGGUUGAGACUGCAUCUUGAUGAACUCGAUUAAAACUAAAUUCUUGCAUAUGAUUUUGAGAGAUGUUUUAUGGUCAUCAUGGCAUGUACUCUUCAAUGAAAAGUUUUGAAUUUUAAGUAAAAUGAAUAUAUAUUUUAAAUGUAAAUAUAAAAUGAUUUUGUACUGUAUAUUAGGUAUACAAUGUUAUAUAUAUAUAUAUAUAUAUCUUUUGCUGUAUAAACUAUAUAAUGUCAAUUACUACACAUCUGUCAGAACGGUUUUAUUUGUGCUUCAUCUAUUUCAGUUUUCUUGAAAUAGAAAGAUAAACAUCACACCAUUGAAAAUAAUCAAUAUUUUACUUUUGUAUUCAAAUAUAGUUUUUGCUUAGCAAUCCCUUAUAUUUCGUCCCAAGUGGUUCUGCCUCUCUGAACACAAUCCAUUCUUAUUACCAAUAAGGUCUGAAAGCUAUGCAAGUGUACAAAAAUAUUACAGGCUAACACUCUUCCUUCAAAUAAAACUGGUCUCAUCACUGGAUGAGUUGGCUUGA